AUGUCAGCCCUCAUAACCAGGGCGCAGCGCCUCGCAGGCCCAAGUAGGAUCUGGAAGUCCGUCUUCAAUCGCCGCACGUUUAUGCAUCUACAAUCUUUCUCUCUUGAAGGAAAAACAUGUGUAGUCACUGGGGCUGGAAGGGGUUUGGGAAAAGAGUUCUUAACGGCCUUUUCACUUAGCGGAGCGAAAGGAGCUUGUGUUGACUUGAGCCUAGAAGCCGGCAACAAUUCGAUCCGCCAUAUUAAGGAGCAUAUAUCAUCUGAAUCAAGUGCACCUGAGUCCUAUCGACCCGAACUUAGAGCGUACGCUUGUGAUGUUACGUCGGAAGCACAAGUGCGGGAUACUUGGCAGGCCAUAGUUAAAGACCUAGGCAAGAUUGACGUCGUGGUCACCGCAGCUGGAAUAGUAGACAAUGUUGAGGCCGAAAACUAUGGUUAUGAUCGAUGGAAAAAGAUGCUGGACGUGAACCUAAACGGAACCUUUCUUUUUGCUCGAGAAGCUGGAAAGUACUGGAUCGAGCAGAAGAUGAAUGGGAAUCUAAUAUUAGUGGCGAGUAUGAGUGGGAAAAUCUGUGUUCGACCGCAGAAGCAAUCUGCUUAUAAUGCCUGGGGACCUAAAGGAAUCAGAGUUAACAGCCUAUGUCCAGGAUACGUGAAGACAGAUUUGAUCAUUGAUCUUUUAGAGAAGGAAGGAAAGCACAUCGAGGAGAAUUGGGUCAAGGAUAUUCCUCUUGGACGAUUAGCUCAUCCGAGCGAGCUUCAAGGCACAAUUGUUUGGAUGGCUAGCAAUGCGUCUAGUUACCUAAAUGGAAGUGAUAUUGUCGUUGAUGGCGGAUACUGCUGUUACUGA